UGCUGAUGCUGGAGCUUGCUGUCACAGUGAGAAACUCCAGUGUUGAAGUCGAUGUACCACAGUGCAAAGCUUUCCUCUUCCUAUAAUUGUCAUCCUGCAACAACAAUAUUCUUCAAUUGUAGUUUGUGGCGCUUGCCCCUGAAGACAGUUGACGGAGGAUUUGUUUCUCACCGCUGGAUGCUGUGGUGAUCAUGACGAGGCUAUUGCAGAGUUUAACUCUAGUUUUUCUUGUUGUCGCCAUCCACGUGGUGAGAGCUGCUCAGCGUAUUGACGCCAAUGUCCAUCUACACGAUGCUCUGCACAACCGGCAGCUUCAGGUGGCCAAUAUGACGUCAGACAUGUCCUCGCAGCAACGAACAACACCAACAUGGCUUCCCAUGACGGAACUUGACGAUGUGAUGUCCUUAGGUCCCAACUCCGCUUUGAUGGUCAUGACAUCAGCAACUACAGUCCAUGGCACACAUGUGCUGCGUUUCAAAGAGACCUUCAAAGGAGAGCCUGUUAACGAUGCAGUCCUAACGGUAUCAACAGACAGUACAGAGCAGUAUGUGUAUGACGCCAGUGGUACUCUGUAUCGGGAUAUAGAGAAUGACACAGACGGCACAAGAAACAUCGACAAUGAGACCGCAUUAAACAUCUGUCUCAAUGAGGCUAUUAGAGAUGACAUCAGUGAUGUUACGAUUGAGCCUCAAAUAUUCUUCGACAGUGAGAACCACGCCUACCCGGGGUAUUUAGUGCAGUAUCUUGUACUUGUGGAGUCCGAACAGCGCCGGCCAGCGUGCAUUGUGGACGCACGUGACGGACGGGUUACUACGAGUUGGGACGCCCUCGGCACGUACAACGGAUGCGUAGGAAAUGGCACGGGAGGGAAUCUCAAAAUCGGCAGGAUCCACUACGGGGAACUUCACAAAUGCCUGGACGUACAUCGUGUCAAUAAUACAUGCUAUACAGAAAACAGAUACGUUAAAGUCAUUGAUAACAAAGGAUUGUUGAAUCAAAGGCGAUCACAGCCCUACAACUUCAGUGAUGCCGCUUCUUACGACUGCGAGGAAGCCACAGACGAAAUCAACGGCGCGUACUCACCCAUGUUGGAUGCUCUGUUUUACGGAACGACUGUCGCGAAAUGUUUGAGGACUGGUACAACACUACCCCGCUAGAUGGACAGAUAACCAUCAGGGUACAUGCAGGUGUGAAUUUAUCUCGCGCGUUCUGGACUGGUAGAGAAAUUAUGCUUGGUGACGGCGAUGAAAAAAUUCAUCCUUUGGUCAGCAUAGAUGUCGUGGGACAUGAGGUCGGUCACGGGGUAACAGAAAAAUCUUCAAGCCUCUUGUACUAUAACCAAUGGGGAGCUAUCAAUGAGGCGUUUUCGGACAUGAUGGGAGAAACAUCCGAAGCAUAUCUUUCAAGACCAGACUGGCUUGUAGGUUUUGAUAUCACAAAAGAAGGAUACCCUCCACGUCGCUAUUUCGAAAACCCCUCGGCUGACAACCACUCUAUAUCCCACGUUGAUAACUUCACGGACGAUCUCAAUGCACACUAUGGCAGCGGUGUGUACAACCGGGUUUUCUAUCUUCUUGUUCACGAAUACCAGCAGUCCAUCAAGGAAAUCUUCGGAGUCUUUCUGCACGCCAACCGAAUGUACUGGCAUCAACUGUCUAACUACCACAGCGCUGCCUGUGACGUCAUGAAGGCUGCCUACGAUCUGGGUCAAAAUGGCGCUCUCUUCCGCCGUGCUUUCAAAGAGGUCGGAAUAGACGUCUGUGACAUACAAAAUCAUAUCAUGGGACUUCGAGAGAGUAAGCUUUAUGAUGGCAUCACGGUGGCCAGAAAUGAAUCUCCUACAUUCCUCUACAUGUUCCCUCCGUAUAUGCUCGACACCGGUGUGAACGUCAGCGCAAGCAGCUCCACUGGAGAUGUGCACAUCAUCCUGACCAACAAGCGCUGGGGUGUCGCCAACGAUGAAGAUCCGCAAGUAUUAGCCGAGGGCGUCAAUGUCGUCACAGCUCAAAUCCAGAGUAACUUAACUACUCUUCCUCUUUACAUUACGUUAGCAAAUGAGUUAAAUGUUACUCUAUAUAACGUCACGCUUCGGGCGCAAGCAUUCUGGACAUAUAACUAAUUCACAACGCUAAGCUAUUCUUUAUCAUACUGCAGUAAAAGGAAAAGGAAAACCCCAAAAGAAGUACACGAAGAUUACAUAAAUAAACAUCUUGGGUCUUUAAGUAAGUUUACAUUCUGCCACUAGCAACUUUACUAAUUCAAUAUUUGGCAAAGAGUCAUGCAGUUUAGAAGAUGACAAAGCUAAACUGUUAUUAAACGCUAUAUACGCAGCAUGCUUAAAGUAUAGCUAUUCUCCGAACAUUCGACCUGAUUAAUUGUAUGAUUUUGAUUUUGUAAUGCAUGCUCUCUCUGUCUCUCUCUCUCUCUCUCUCUCUCUCUCUCUCUCUCUCUCUCUCACACACACACACACACAACGUUUGCUUAUACUGUUUCCUUCCUUAGAGAAAUUUGGUUCUACACUGUAACCUACUGUAUUUUGAUCGUAAAGAAGUUUUCAAGGCUAAAACAAUACGUAUUUUAAGCAAUGCUUUGUUUAUCAGUAGAAAAUAAAGAGCAGAAAAAGUUGAGUUCUUGGUUUUCAUUGUCUGUACUGCUGAUGUUUUACGAGUGUUACAAAGUCGUAUCUAUGUUCUUUAAGUGGUAUUGGUAUCGGACUGGGGCACGUAUAAUUAUUGUAUGUCUUAGACGGGAAGUAACGAUGACCGCGACGAUGACGACUAUCCUUCUGACGAUGAUAGAAGUCACUUCUGACGGUUGUUGAGAUGACUUCCCUGACAGGAUUGAAGGUAUGUCUGGUGAUUAUUGUGACGACUUUACUGAGGACAGUUUUUGACGAUGAACGAUUGGACUUUUAAAGGAAUGUUCGAAGGAAGCUAGCCCCCACCGUUCCUGUCUUACAAAUAAUCUAUGUUAAAAACCAUAAAUAUACAAAAUGUCCACGCCACAACAACAGAGCAAAAGGGGGCUAACAACUACCCUGUUACGACUGUGACGGUUAGACAGAUAACAAAUGAAGAAGAGAACAAGUUAGUUGAAGAUACUAUUCUCCGAUCUCCGUCUGUCGCAACUUGGCUCGUUAAAAGAAAUCUAGAAAUCUGCGGUGUCAAACUUUACGGUAGCAAAGUCACUACAGUCACCGUUGAACAGAAAAUAAAAACACUUUAUUUAAUACUUAUACAGCAGUUCACACUGUAAUAUAUACUACGCGUUGACCACUCAAACGUUGAAAACAAUACAACAGGCUGACAGCCACACAGGCUAACUACCGCUUCGUACUUCCAACUCACGAAGGGUGCUAAAUUCCCGAAUAUUCGACCACACAGGUCUACUACAGCGUCGUACUUCCGACUUAAGAAAGAGUACUAAAACUCCCCAAUAUUCGACCACUGCCACAUGAAAUGUUCACUCAUCUGUAUACGUUACACCACUUUUCCAGAUACCUCGGACUUACACUCGCUCUCCUGUUGUUCAUGGAUCCUU